GACACCUCCAGAGCAGCUGUAAACUUCCAUACGACGUGCUCCUCUACUUUUUGCCUCCACCUUCCACAUCGCGUCUGCACGUCUCUCGCUUCACAGUCCAUUCAAGUCCAUUCUACCAUAUAUAAACGUCUCAAUUAUUAAAGCUACUACUUCCUUACCUUAUUGCCUACCUCCAACAAUGUCAGAUCGACAGCUCAUCGAUGAUUUUGCCGAGAACGAUCCUGUCGAAUUCGAGGAAGACGACGUCAACGCAUGCAACGAGCAAGAGUUCCUCAUCAUCUUGGUAAUCGUGUUGGCCAUCUAUACGACUUACCACGGCAAAUUUCGUACCCUACCUAAAGAGCGCUUCCCUGAUAGGUCAAACUCCGUCCUUACUAGUUCUCUUAAAGUGCAGGAAUACCUAGAGCACAGGGGUCGAUCCAUGCGACAUCACCUCGGGGUCGGCUUAGAGGUCUUUAUGCUUCUAUUGCGCGAGUUUGAAGAACAUGGGAUACAGCUUGCUUCGCAUGAUGCUACGGCAGCAGAGCACCUUGCUAUUGCUUUAGCUUAUUUGCGGAAGAAAACAUCAGUUAACUGGAUAGGCGAAGAGUUCAAAAAAAGCAAUGAGUUUAUUUCCUUCUGUAUCCACGAUGUAGUAAAUGCUCUCACUUCGAAAGUCAUUUAUGACCGCUGGGUGAAGUAUCCCACUGGUCGGGAGCCGCCAAAUGCCAAAGUAGCCGAUGAUCCCCUGAAUCGAUACCGACAUUUUCAUGGUGCUGUCGGAUCGAUUGAUGGAACGCACAUUGCUGUCAAAGUUUCGCCGAGGAUGCAGCCCGCCUACCGCAACAGAAAGGGCGUUGUAUCGAUUAAUGUGCUUGCUGCAUGUGACUUCGACUUGAAGUUCACGUACAUCAUUGCUGGUUGGGAGGGAAGUGCAAACGACUCCUUUACCUUCAAUCAGGCUGUUCAUAGAUACAACUUCCCCCAGCUUCCUUCUAAUCGCUACUUCCUGGCCGAUGCUGGAUUUCCUAUAUGCGAUCAGCUGCUGACGCCGUAUCGUGGCACCCGGUAUCACCUGGCGGACUUCCAUCCAAGCCGCGGCGCUCCCCAAUCUGAGAAAGAAGUAUUCAAUCUCGCACACGCCCAACUCCGUAAUAGCGUCGAGAGAAUCUUCGGAAUCACAAAACAGCGCUGGGGUGUCUUGAGUGGGGGUCUGGAGAAAUUCAAAGGCGGUAUGCAGUCACAGAUCAUUCUGGCCUGCUGCGUCCUGCACAAUAUGUGCAUUUCUAUAAAAGACCGGGUGCCCGAGCGAGACGUGGGUGAAGCGGAUGAAGGGGGAGACAUGGAGGAGGAAGUAGAAGGAGAUGAGGAAUUGAGGGUGGUUGGCGAGACAUCAAAAUCUCGCGGAGAAGCUCGCCGAGCGGAAAUUUCCAGAUCAAUAUUUGAAGCCCAUUCACGUGGUCAAGGAAGGAUCCGCCGGUGAAAUAGAAAGAUAAGUUGUGGACAUAGAAGAAAACAGUUCCGAG